GUUAUCACUUAGCACAACGUUAGAAACCGCACCUCAGUAAGACAACAGUCGAUAUUAUUUUGCUAAAAUGGGUAUUUGUUGUUCUAAACCUAGGAAGAUGGGGUAUAUCGAACGUCUAGUUCAAUGUGAAGAGUGGAAGCAAGCUAAAUUAGCUGAGAAAUACAAAGUUCGUCCGCCAGUAAAUCAGCACCUCUGGACAGAAGAAUUGUUAGAGAUUGUAAGGAACUAUGAAGAUGUGGAUUCUCUUGCUGUAGAUGAAUCUCUUCUUACGACCGAAACAGGGGAAAUGUCUAUAUGCACACCCGAGAUAGAAGACAAUCAGAAAGCAGAACCACUCGUGCUUGAUGAAUCUAGCAGCACGGUUGCUAUGUUCUGGUCUUCGUAGAUGUAAGAACCGAGUGGUGUAGUGUAGAACGCCGGACUCCUGGCACGAAGGGCGCAGAGAUUAGGCUACGAAUCGGGCAAUAA